GUCUGUUCCACGGCGCCAUUUGCGAGAGCGGCGCCAUCUUGUGGGACAUGCAGUGGAAGCCCUACGAGACGUCGCUAAACCUCGCGCGGGCAGUGGGCUGCUUCGUGGGCGACGACGCUGAGGUGCUCGAGUGCUUGCGCCACGUCGACCCCAUCGAGUUGGUUUUGGCCGCGAGAUUCGAUGCGCCGCUGCCCAGGGAUCGCGACCGGAUCAUGACGUUUACCUUCAAUCCUGUGGUGGAGGAGCUGCAAGUGCCUGAGGUGGAGACUUUCAUAACGGGAACCCCCGAAGAGCUUCUGAAACAUGGCUGCCAACAUGACGUUCCUUUCAUGACUGGUAUAAGCGAAGAAGAAUGGAUUUUGACCAUUGCCAACGACAGCGACCGAGUUCCCGAAGCCAUGGACGAACUCCGAAAUUUCUUCCUGGGUGGACAACCGUUGACCUAUGGCAACAUAGACGGAUAUCAAGCCAUGCUUGGAGAUUUACAGACCGCCCAAAGCAUGUAUUACAGUGUUAAUUACAUGAGUCGAGCCCGAAAAUCGGAUAUUUAUGUGUACUGCUUUACUGCUGAUCAAGAUCUGAAUUAUCUGAAAGCUGCUUUCAACCUCAGUGUUCCAGGUGCAUCUCACGCUGACGAAUUAGGGUACCUCUUCAGAACAAACUUCCUUCCGAACGUCUCGUCCUCCAACCCUGCACAUCUCACUCGCAGAAGAAUGGUCAAACUCUGGACAAACUUCGCCAAAUAUGGGAAUCCUACGCCCACAUACGACCCGCUGAUUGGCGCCGAGUGGCUGCCGUACACAACCAGCGAGCGAGACUACAUGGAGCUGGGCGGCGAGAUCAUCCCGUCCGUGGACCUGCACGGCGAGCGCGUUCGCUUCUGGGAGGCCUUCUACAGCAGAUACGGCCUCAAGGGCGAGCGGCCUGGCUGGCGCUGGGGCACCUGCCCCGAGCCCUCCAAGUUCUCCUUCACCUCUCGCCGGGACAGGGCCCACUUCGAAAACCGUUUCACGCAUUUCAGCGAAAACCCU